AAGGGUUAAAGGUUCUUCUUCUGGUAAAGCUGAACUGUUUCCAUCACGAUGCUGUUGUCUAAUCCGGUCAUCAUAUCCAGGCUGAGGGGUCGAGUUCCAAGAAGGAGAGAAAAGGAAUGACCUUUGAAAAGAAGCAGCUGAAUCUCUUGGAAAAGGAGAUCCGGUCCCUGGUGCAUCAGCGAGGAGAGCAGGACCGGCGUCUGUUGGUCCUGCAGGAUGAUCUGAAGAAGGCGGAGGCUAAGCUGCUCGCCGCUGUCAGAGAGAAGACUGGGCUUUCUGCCAGCGUCAUCACGCUGGAAAGGCAGCAAGCAGAGCUCAGGAGAGUCAACGACUUUCUGAAAAACAAGGUUUCUGCUGAUUCUACAAAGAAGAGGAUAAACUCCCUCACUAUGGAGCUGAUGGAAGCUCGGAACAACCUGGAUGCUAAAAAUAAGGAGUUAAGCCUUCUGCAUGUUACCACUGAAGGCCAAAUGAAGGCGUUGGAAAGUGAGCUCAAUGCGGCCAGAGCUACGGUCUCUUCUCUGCAGGACAGGAAUAAAGAUCUGGAGGAUCUCCAUCAAGUGACAAAAACCCAGAAUGCAGAGCUGGAGAUGGAAAUCCAGAGGUUAAAUGGUGUGAUCCUAGAGCUGAGGGGAGAAAUCCGAGUACUCCAGGAAUACUUGGAUGCAGCGAAUGAUCAGAUUCAGGAUCUCCGCUUGAAGAUUCAAGAGAUGACGCAAGAGAACAAUCCUGCUGAACACCAAGGGGAGAAAAUAAAGCUUCUAGAAAUGGAGGUGGAACAAAGAGCAGCAGAGCUGCAAACCACACAAGAGUUAAUGAAACAAAAAGAGGAGGAGGCCGAUAACUUUGAGCAGGAGCUACAGGCAUCCAAGACGGCUCUGCUGGAGGCGGAGAGGAGGUUAGAAAACCAGGAGCUGGAGCUGAAAGCUGCUCAGAAAUCAGCCGCCGACACAGAGAGGCAGCUGGAAUCGGCCCGCCAGGAAGCUGAAGACUCUCAGGCAGACGUCCGUCAGAAAGAGGCGGAGCUCUCCAGGCUGAGGGAGGUGCUCCGGAAAACGGAGAGCGAGCUGCAGGAGAAGGUGGCACAUCUGGAACAGAAGUGUCUGACCUCAGAGGAGCAGAGAACUAAGACUCAGGAUGAACUGCUUAGGAGAGUAGAGGAGCUGCAGAACGAGCUAAACUUCUUACAACAGGCUGAAAGGGACAGACUGAAUCAGCUGGAGCAAGAGAAGGCGGCGCUCACCGAGGAGCGGGUCAGAGAGAAGGCUCUGGUGGACUCUCUGACUGCGCUGCUGGAGCAGGAGAGGGAAGGCUCUGAAGAGCGAAUGAGACACCUUAAGGAGGAAAUGGAGGAGGUGCUGGGGGAGCUGGCCGUCAUGGAGGAGCAGGAGCAGAAGAGCCAGGAGCUGGCAGAGAAGAGGCAGGUGGCUCUUCGGCGCCUGCAGAGGGAAAAAGAGGAGCUGGAGAAAGAGCUGAAGGAGACAAAGGCCCAGAUGGAGGGGAGCAGUGAUGUAGCAGCAAUGAAAAGCCUCCAUCUUGCAGCCAUGAGUGAACUCCAAGAGGCAUAUAACAGCUCGCAGAAACAGAUGGAGGAUAUCGCCACAGAGCUGCAAAGCACCAAAGAGGCUGUAAAGGAAGCUGAAGGAAGACAGAGGGAACUGGAGGCGGAGGUGGGGAGAGUGACCUGUCAGCUGAAGGAGGCCAUGGACAAAAUGGUUGAACAGAAGGAGGAAGAGAUCAAUAGAGUGAGGGGGUGGACCGACGAGCAGCAGGAGAGACUGGAGGCUGAAGCAAAAGCAAGGGAGGAGAGUUCAAGGAUGCUGCUUGAGGUGCAAGCUCGCCUCGCGCAACAAGAAGAGCAAAUUAAAGCUGCAGACGCCAGUCAUGCUGCUCAGAUCGGCCUGCUUCAAAAGGAGCUCCAGACGCAGCAAAACGAGAAGGAAAAGGCUCUGAGAUGUGUGGAGGAACAGAGGAAUGUGAGCGCUGCUGAGAUCCAAAACGAGAGGGAAAAAGCCCAGAAACUCCUGGAGGAGCUCGGUCAUCAAAAAGAGGAAAUAAUGAAGCGACUCCAAGAAGAACAGGAGGAGAAAGCUCAAAUCCAAGCAGCCCUUCAGGAGGAGAGAGCAGCUUUGGAGGUGGAGAGGAACCACCACCAUCAGCAGGUCAGGUCAGAGCUGCUCGGGCUGCAGGCCGAGCUCCACAAGGUGGAUGAGGAGCGGAGGAGUUUGCUGUCAGAAGUGGAACUGAAAAAGGAGUUCAGCCACGCGCUGGAGGAGGAGUUAAUCAGAGCUGAGAGGGACAGAGAUCAGCUUCAGUCUCGCCUGGAUGACUCUGAGCAGGACAACGCCGCCCUCAAGGCCCAAUUAGUCCACAUGCUGGAGAAGAUGGAGGCUCUGCAGCAGGAGCUGGACAGGAAGCAGGAGGACGGAGGAGCUCUGAGGGAGCAGGUGGAGGCUCUGACUCAGGAGAAGGUCACCCUGCAGUGGGAGAUGGAGGAGCAGCGACAGGAACUCCAGAGACGACUAGCUGAAGUGCAGGAGGAGAGCUUCCCGCGUUCGGAGGUGGAGCUCUGGAAGAAACGAUACGAGGAACUGAUCUCCAAAGUCGGGCCUUUUCAGGAGCAACUAAACGCGUUUUCAGCCGAGCGAGAUGCUCUGCUUAAUGAGAACGGGGCGAACCAGGUAGAAUUAAACAAAUUAGCCGACGCUUACGCUCGCCUCCUGGGGCACCAAAACCAGAAGCAGAAGAUCAAACAUGUGAUGAAGCUCAAGGACGAAAAUAUCUCCCUGAAACAGGAAGUUUCGAAGCUUCGCACACUCGUGAGCCGCCAGAAGAGCGAUUUGGAUCAGCUGAGAGGGAAACAACGUCGCAGGUUCGACCCCAGCAAGGCUUUUCAUCAUGACAAGGAAAACGUUCAAAGCGAAACCAACGAGCCUCUUAGAGACGGAAACCGUAAGGAGUAGCCGAGCUCUUCCAGCCGAGAGGAGCGGACCGCUAAAAGCUUUUACUAGUUUUUUAUUUCAGUUUUAUCAAAAAUGUGUUUUUAAUAAAUUUUAUUCAGUUUUAACAAAAGGCUUGGAAGCUGUGUUGAAAUGUUCCUAUAGAAAUUGUGUAAAUAGUUUGGGUGGCUUUUAUACAUAAGCGGAUAAAAACAUUUAACAGGACCUUCUACUAAUGUGGUGGCUGUAAAUUCUCAUUUUGUAAAUAAAGAGAUUAAAUUUUUCCGUCAU